AAAAUGACCCAGGGGGGGAAGAAGAAGAAACGCGCCGUGAACCGCAGUAUCAUGCUGGCCAAGAAGAUCAUCAUUAAGGACGGCGGGACGCCUCAAGGAAUAGGUUCACCUAGUGUCUACCACGCUGUUAUUGUGAUCUUCUUGGAGUUCUUUGCUUGGGGACUUUUGACAGCACCCACUCUGGUGGUUCUGCAUGAAACCUUCCCAAAACAUACCUUUCUAAUGAAUGGUCUAAUUCAAGGAGUAAAGGGCUUAUUAUCAUUCCUCAGUGCCCCACUCAUAGGUGCCCUGUCUGACGUGUGGGGUCGGAAGUCCUUCUUGCUGCUAACAGUAUUUUUCACCUGUGCACCCAUACCACUGAUGAAGAUCAGCCCAUGGUGGUACUUUGCUGUUAUCUCUGUCUCUGGAGUUUUUGCAGUGACGUUUUCUGUAGUUUUUGCCUACGUAGCAGACAUAACCCAAGAACAUGAGAGGAGCAUGGCCUAUGGUUUGGUUUCAGCAACUUUUGCGGCAAGUUUAGUUACCAGCCCUGCAAUUGGUGCCUACCUUGGUCGAGUCUACGGAGACAGCCUGGUUGUGGUGCUGGCUACAGCAAUAGCCUUGUUAGACAUUUGUUUUAUCCUUGUUGCUGUGCCAGAAUCACUGCCAGAGAAGAUGAGGCCAGCAUCCUGGGGAGCACCCAUUUCGUGGGAACAGGCUGACCCCUUUGCAUCACUGAAGAAAGUCGGCCAGGACUCAGUUGUGCUGCUCAUCUGCAUAACCGUCUUUCUCUCCUACCUCCCAGAGGCAGGUCAAUAUUCCAGCUUCUUCCUAUACCUCAGACAGAUCAUGGGAUUUUCCUCUGAAAGUGUUGCAGCAUUUAUAGCUGUCCUUGGGAUUCUCUCCAUCAUUGCACAGACAAUAGUUUUGAGUUUACUUAUGCGCUCCAUUGGAAAUAAAAAUACCAUCCUGCUGGGCCUGGGCUUUCAAAUACUCCAGCUGGCAUGGUAUGGCUUUGGAUCAGAGCCCUGGAUGAUGUGGGCAGCUGGUGCUGUUGCAGCCAUGUCCAGUAUUACUUUCCCAGCUGUCAGUGCGCUGGUUUCACGAACUGCUGAUGCUGACCAGCAGGGUGUUGUUCAAGGGAUGAUAACAGGAAUUCGGGGGCUGUGUAACGGCUUGGGACCAGCACUGUAUGGUUUUAUAUUCUAUAUAUUUCACGUUGAACUGAACGAACUCCCCCUGCCCGAAUCGCCCUCAGGAGGAAGUGUGGUGUCACAGUACCACUUACAACAGAAUUCUAUAAUUCCUGGGCCCCCCUUCUUAUUUGGAGCCUGCUCUGUGCUGCUGGCACUGCUCGUUGCCUUGUUUAUCCCUGAGCACACAAACCUGAACGUACGUUCCAGCAACUGGAAGAAACACUGCAGCAGCCACGGCCAUCCCCACAGCCCACAAGCUCCUGGUGAAGCUAAAGAACCAUUACUGCAAGACACAAACGUAUGACACAAAUCUCAGAAGAGCUUUUAGACUCUUUUCAUCAACGGUUUGGGAUACACAUUCCAAUUCCACCCCAAAUAGAAUUUCUUAAGGUAAUCUUAAGAAGUAUCUUUCUGCAUGAAAUCCAUAGGAAUUAAUGAAAACAAAACAAAAAGGUUUCUCCAAAGAUGUUGCCAUUGAAUUCAGCAUUUUCUUUUAAAAUCAGUUCCAUCCUGGUCUCUUGCCAUGAAAUCCUGUUACUGCUCCACUUUCCAUUCUCACUCAGAGACAAGCCUAGAGUCAAGGCAUGAGCAUGUGUCCUUCUGUUUCCUUAAGGUGGUGAGCUUUAAUCCUAGUCAUGCUGAGUCUCAAUGAGACAGAUGAGCACCCACGUGGACCCAUUCAUUUUAAUGUUGUAAAAUCUUGGGUCAGAUGAUUCAAAGCCUUAAUGUAAAUGUAGUGGAGGAGGGAGGAGGUGAGUCAGUAUCCUUUGUUUUCAGAGUCCCAGGGUAGGUUGGGUUUCAGUUUGUCCUGAUAGAAGAAUCACAGGAGCAUGCUGGCUGCAGUUGUUACUCUGUAAGUGCAUUUACUCUCUUUCAAUAAACGGUAGGAAGGAACACUUAAGUUUGAGUACUAAGAAGUAGGUGUUUUGAGCCUGCAGAUCUGAAUACUGGCUCUAAACCUCUGCUUUCCUAAGCACCGUUUAUUGCACCACUCUCUUUCUGAUGUGUCAUCCUAAAAGGACCUCAAAACUUGAACACAGACUGAAAUACAAGCUGAUAGCCUUGAACAUGUCCAUCUGCUAUACAGUGGCCUUUGAGGACUGUCACAAGAACCCUUUUGCAUUACAGAGAUAAUGUUUUAGUCCUAAAUUUUCAGGACCCUUACUAUAGAGAAGAGAGCUUUAUACAAUUACUGAUGUGAAUUUCUCUCAAAGUGUAUAUUUUUGUGUCCAGUUGUAUUAUUUAAGUGUUCCUUUGUAUAAAUUUGUGUAUAAAGUAUUGUAUAGGUUUAAAACGUUUUCAUCUUGUGGUUAUUGCUUAAUGCUUUUUUACCUUUGAACAUUCACCGUGGUUGACCCAGAGCAGGAAGAAAAAAAAUAUUAU